AUGGGAAGAACUUAUUAUUCAGACCGGCUUGGCCUCCCAAGGACAGAUAGCUCUCGUUGGAGACUUAGAACGGAUGAUAUCGGAUCUGAAUGGUGGGAGUACCCUGACAAAAAUGACCUAGAGAAAGACCCUCAGUCGACUUUCGCUCGCUACCUUCUAGAUCAGGACCUGUUCCCAGCACCAGAGCCAGAAGCCAUUAAGACUCCACUUCAAGCAGCCUCUAAAGGAGCUGAAUUCUUACAACUUCUUCAAGACGACUGUGGCCUGCUUCCUUGCCAGUACAAGGGCCCAAUGUUUAUGACCAUUGGAUAUGUCGUAGCAUGCUAUUUUUCAGGUACCGAGAUUCCUGAACCAUAUCGAAUUGAAAUGAUUCGCUAUUUAGUUAACGCUUCGCAUCCAGUGGAUGGGGGCUGGGGUUUGCACUCGGUAGACAAGUCAACAUGUUUUGGUACUACCAUGAACUAUUUGGUGUUACGAUUACUUGGAUUAGAUGCUAAUCACCCAGUUUGUGUUAAGGCAAGAAAAACUUUACAUCGGUUGGGAGGUGCUUUAGGGAACCCACAUUGGGGUAAAGUAUGGCUUUCUAUUCUUGGGUUAUACGAAUAUGAAGGAGUAAACCCGGCUCCUCCAGAGUUGUGGAUGUUACCAUAUUGGUUCCCAGCUCAUCCUGGGAGAUGGUGGGUGCAUGUAAGAGCCAUAUAUGCACCAUUUGGAUAUAUUAUAAUGAAUAAAGUGAGAAUGGAGAUGACCCCUUUAUUGCAAGACCUUCGGAAUGAAAUUUAUUUACCAUCCCAAUUGCCAUAUGAGAAUAUCCAUUUUAGCGAACACAGAAACAAUGUUUGUGGUGUGGACUUAUAUUAUCCACACUCUAAGAUUUUAAAUUUUGCCAACAAGUUGUUGGUAGUGUACGAGAAAUUCAGACCCGAUUGGAUAAGAACGUUGGCCAGUAAACAUGUCUAUGGCUUAAUCUUGAAAGAUUAUGCAAAUACCAAGCAUUUAACAAUUGCACCGGUUAGUUUUGCUUUGGAUAUGGUGGUAACAUUUGCAGUGGAAGGUAAAGAAUCAGAGAAUUUCAAAAAGCUUAAUUCCAGAAAGAACGAAGUCUUGUUCCAUGGUCCCCAAGGUAUGACAGUUAUGGGAACCAAUGGAACCCAAACCUGGGAUGCUGCUUUCAUGAUCCAAUAUUGUUUUAUGGCUGGCUUGGCCGAUAUACCUAAGCAUCAGCCUAUGAUAAAAAAAGCAUUCAGAUACUUAAUCAGAAACCAAUUCACUGACGACUGUGUUGAAGGUAGUUUCAGAGAUAAGAGAAAUGGAGCUUGGGGGUUCAGUACAAAAGAUCAGGGUUAUACCGUCAGUGAUUGCACGGCAGAAGCUGUAAAGGCAAUUAUAAUGGUAAAGAACCACCUGGCAUUUUCAGAUAUUAAAGAUGAAAUAGCUGAUGACAGAUUGUUUGACGCUAUUAAUGUGUUGUUGACUUUGCAGAACAGAGGGAGCUAUGAAUUUGGUUCCUUCUCAACAUACGAAAAAAUCAGAGGGUCUAAAAUGUUGGAAUCUUUGAACCCGGCGGAAGUGUUCAACAAUAUCAUGGUCGAAUAUCCGUACGUUGAAUGUACUGAUUCUUCAGUUUUGGGGUUAACAUAUUUCACUAAAUAUUAUCCUGAGUACAAGCAGAUUCCUAUUAAAUUUGCUAUUGAAGAUGCUAUCAAUUAUAUCAGAAAAGCACAGAACGAAGAUGGAUCUUGGUAUGGAGCCUGGGGUGUAUGUUACACUUAUGCUGGUAUGUUUGCCCUUGAAGCUUUCAAUUCUGUAGGAAGAACUUAUGAGAAUGAUCCUGUGGUCAAGAAAGGAUGUGAAUUCUUGAUUUCCAAGCAAUUGUCAGAUGGUGGAUGGUCUGAAUCAAUGAAGUCAUGUGAGACUCAUUCAUAUGUCAAUAGUAACCAAUCCUUGGUGGUCCAGACUGCUUGGAGUGUUAUUGGAUUAUUGUUAGCAGAUUAUCCUGACAAGACCCCUAUCAAGAAGGGUAUCGAGUUGAUAAUGAAAAGACAGUUGCCUACCGGUGAAUGGAAAUUUGAAGAUAUCGAAGGCGUUUUUAACCAUAGCUGUGCUAUUGAAUAUCCUUCUUAUAAAUUCUUAUUCUCUAUAAAGGCGUUGGGUUUAUACAGCAAGAAAUACGGGGAUGAAGAGAUUUUAUGA